AUGGGAGCUGCAGUCCGGCAGCUUCCGGAGGGGGCCCCAUGGGCUGGGCUGCCCUAUACAUUUCGCAGGACACCUUCCUUGUGUUCCUCAGCCCCACCCCAAAUGCACAAUGCUCCCCCAAGGAGGGUCUUUUCAGCACCAGCUGCAUCUGAUUUCUCUCCCGGGAUACUAAGAGCUAGAACAACAAAUGCCUGUGGAAUUGACCCCUCAUAUAUCAGGCCGGACUCUCCCUGGCUCCACUAUCAGGGCCGCCGACUACUGACCUGUGCAGCCUGUUCUCCUUUUCCUGCAUUUCCCAUGGGGUAG